ACGGCCGCCCGACUUGGCCUGCUUCUCACGACAACGACUUCAAUACGCCUACCAACCAUUCCAGCGCGCGCGUUGAAACGGCCUGACUCUGAACUGUGACUCUCUGCAUACGCCAUGUGGGCACUCAACCGAUGAUCGCCACAACCAAGACGGCACUUGGACACCAUUUGUUUAUACUAGAGCCCGCUUUCUUAACUGGCACAUCCGCCUACAUCCAGUUUGAGGCUUGCACUACCUGCCUUACAUCCAGCAUGGGCAGCGACACGAACCCAACUCCAGACGACCCUUCCGUCUCGUUCUGCAACGCUGAGGACAGCUUCACUCCGUCUCACCUUCAGGCGGCAAACGAUCGCCCGAGCCGUGUACAACGGCAACCUGUUUCUUCCUUACCUUCCCCCGCAACACUCGGACACUGCACGCGCGCGUGUGUGUACUACGGUGUCAGGCCAAAGUUUAACCCCCUAGCAGCACUUUUUCCUCCUUUUUUUUCCCUCUUGCAACAACCCAACCAACCGACCAACCCACCCAUAUCGCCAAUAUGGUCCGGGCGGCCGGCAGCAACACCAAGCACCUUACAGAGGCUGAUCGGCAACGGAUACGCACCCUUUAUACCGACGCGAAGCUAUCGCAGCCAGAGAUAGCUAAUAUUACUUAUCGUAUAAUACCCUCUGUACGUGGGUAAAAGAGGCCUGGGAGGCUCUUCUAGAGGACUUCCUAUCUAACCUUCUUGCAACUAUGCUGGAUUGAUGUAAGGCAGUGAUUGAGGCCAAUGGGUUACAUAUCAAGUGUU